UCAAUAUUAAUGAGUUGGUUUUUGUGACCUGAAACCUGUGACUGGACCUGAUCUUCCGGUAAUUGGUCCAAUCAAAGGCCGUCCACUCACACUGCAUUGUUUGAAUGAGGAAUGUGGGGCGGGUUCACCAGCCUCAUUAACAUAGAGUCAUCAAUGCUCAUCUCGUCGAAACUGCUCCUCGUCCACGUACAGAUAAUGUGAAGAAUCUGGUUGGACAGGAAAGUUGUUUUACACAUUGGUUUCAGGUCAGAGGGCAGGACAUCUUGACUCCGCCUUCUUGAGAGGCUUCCUUAUAACCAAGGAGGUGUGCUUCAGUCUUUAUUCAACUAAAUAAACCCUGCCUAGCGGACUUGCUCCUGACAAACUCACUUCACCUUUCAGCAGAUUCAUCAUGGUGUCUAUGGGACGACAAAUGCUGGGCUUUGUCCUGGCCAUCAUUGGAUUCUUGGGGACCAUCAUUGUGUGCGCUCUCCCCAUGUGGAAGGUCACGGCCUUCAUUGGAGCCAACAUUGUGACGGCGCAGGUCAUCUGGGAAGGCCUGUGGAUGAACUGUGUCACGCAGAGUACGGGUCAGAUGCAGUGUAAGAUCUACGAUUCCCUCCUGGCUCUACCUCAGGACCUCCAAGCUGCUCGGGCUCUCGUGGUCAUCGCCAUCAUCGUCUCAGCCUUAGGCGUCAUCCUGGGCAUUGUCGGGGGCAAGUGUACCAACUUUGUGGAAGACAAAUCCUCCAAAGCCAAAGUGGCCAUCGCUGCAGGAAUUGUCUUCAUCUGUGCCGGUGUUCUCAUCCUCAUCCCCGUCUGCUGGUCCGCCAACACCAUCAUCAGGGAUUUCUACAACCCCAUCAUGACCAACGCCCAGAGGAGAGAGUUGGGGGCCGCACUCUACAUCGGCUGGGGCACAGCAGCGUUGCUCCUGCUGGGUGGCGCCCUCCUCUGCAGUUCCUGUCCACCUAAAGACAGCCCAGAAUAUCCAGUCAAGUACUCAGGUGCCAGAUCAACAGCCACCAGCAGAGCCUACGUAUAAAAGGCACAACUCUUCUUGAAAAGACUGAAACUUUUGACUUUUUCUCGAGUAACGCUUGUUUGUUGUGCGUCACCGAUGGCACCACAUGUUAUGUUCAACCAUGAAGUGUAAAGAAAGGUUAUCUGGUAAAUUCAGAAAUGUGUGGUCGAGGCUCGGGAUCCCUGAAAGAAUGAGACUCUGGUGACGAUGUGAUGUUAAACUCCAGUAAUACCAAGGACAAACUUGGGCACGAUGACAAGAGUUUUUUGUUUUGAAAAUGUAUCUAUGCUGUAUGUAAUUUUGUAUCAAAUUUACAUUUGUUUUCUCCCUCAAAGGCAUAUCCAAGCUGGUUGUGAUGUAAUAUAGUGUGAAUGUAUUGUGUAAUGUUAUUUACAAGCAUCUUCCAUGACUUUCUCAAAAGUCCUCUUUCUUUUUAAUAAAACAUGUACUUUACCGACACUGAAAAGUCUUGUUUUUGAAAAGCCUCACGUCAAGAGUUUAGGUCCUGUGGGAGAGAAAUGCUUCACUGAAUUAGAGAGAGAGAGUUUUAUAUAUGAACAAUAGGAUCUGUCUUAAAUUCAUGGAUUUUCAGUGGUUGAAAAAUAUAGAAACAACAAGUAAAAUAAUUGUCCUACAGGGACACAUUUUAAAUAUAAAUAUACAUUUCUGACCAGGAAGUCAUUGUUACCACUGUAGUGUGAAAGAAUGUCCACCAGUGAGUUGGCUGUUUGAACUGUUGCACUCCACCUUGAAGUGAAAACAUAAUCUUUUGAUGACUCCUUUAAGAAUCAUUAAUGACCUCCCCCUCAGGAGGAGUCCAGUCUGAAGUGUGUCUUUCUGAUUGAUUUGUUUUGCAAAAUUUGAAUCUUUAGGUUUUUUUCAACAACGUGAGUUCUGUCUGCGUUCUUGGUGUGGCUGAUCAACUGGUCCGACCAGCUGUGCAGUGUUUGGUGCCAAGGCACAGCUUUGCUGAAGGACAGUGAGCUGCGUUGAGUUGGGUUUUAUUUAAAAAAGAUGCUUCAAAUGCAUAAACCGGAUGCGUGUGAC